AUGCCUCUACAAGAGACGCUAGCCGAUGGUCCCACCCAACAACCAGCGCCGAAGGAGAAGACGGGACAACCGGCUACGCCGAGAGACAAGGGAGCUGAGCCUGGCAAGAAACAUCAACCCGCCCUCGUCCCCCUUAGCGACCUUGUCGAGGCCCUUCAAGUCGCUACCAGAACCGACCCUGGAGACAAAUCAACGAAAAAGAAGGCGGAAGCGAGCCGUCUCGUUCACUUGCCAGCCUGUCCCCUUUCCUUUAGAAACGAAAGGGAGAGACGCCCGCAGAAGACGAGACCCCUCUUCACGAAGAGGAUGUCUGCUGCAGGAGAAACUGGAUGGGUUUCGAGGACGGACGAGGAUGGGAUGGUCCCAUUAUGUUCCUUGACGGGUCGGCACAACACCGUUAGGACCACUCAGCCAGGGACAUGUUGCAAGAAUGGGGAAAAUCCCGCUCCAUCGUGCGGAGGGAGCAGGAAAACGGAAGAACACGAGGCUGGCUGUCCCCUCCGAAACCGAUCAGAUACAGACACGCAUCCUAACCCAGUCUGCCCUUUUUAUACUGGGAACCGGUGCUGGCGAGAAGAGGGAGGUUGCGAGGGCACUCCCAACCUUGACCUCGGACUUGACAUCCCCAGACGGAAAGAAGCCUUCCUCGUACCCAGUACCCACUACGAUCGCCGCAGGUUCGAAGGCAGCCGACUCGAUUUCUCAGGCAUCUCCGCGUCCUUUUACUAG